UUAUUCGUUUUUCUCCCGUCAAUUAGUGCAAAACGUUCGUACGCUGGAAUUUAUUUGUAAAACGGUUUUAAAGUAAAACUCUUAAGAGCAAAAACAAAAAAAAAAAAAAACAACAACAAGAAAAAAGGAUAUAACAAAUCUAUAAGCAAAGCAAUAAAAUGGAAUAAAGUGUCACAAAGUGAAGAAAUAAUAAAACAAAUAAAAAAAUUCUCCAAUAAUUACAAAAUCGAAUGUAUUCAAAAUAUUGAAAACCAAUAAAAUUUUCGAAUAGAAAAAUAGUGAAAACUAAAAAAAAAAUUGUUUGCCUUUUUGUGGGCAACAAGAAAAAGAAAAACGUGAAAAGUGUUCUGCAGAAAAGUGCAAAAGUUUCCCCAUCAAUCUCCUCAUCAAAAUCAAUGGAAUAAUAAAACCAAAAUUGUGUGUCAAAAAAGAACUGGUGAGUUUUGAAAGCAUUAAAAAAGCGAUAAAUGCAUUGCCACCAUGGCGUAUAAGUAUUAAAAGGAAUCAUACGCAACAGUGCAGCGAUGUAUUUCGAAAAUGAUUGGAUUUAAAAUGUUGGAAUACGAUGCAAUUAUUUGGUUGUGUUAAUCGUUGCUAGAUUUCCUUUUGGCCUUUGAGGCAUGUCUUCUUUUGUGGAUUAAAGGAAAAACAAAACUUUGUUUUCUUCGGUUUUUUUUUUUCUGUUUCUGUUGCAACUUAUUUUAUUUGUUGGGCGCCAAGGAUAUAAACAACAAAACAAACUUGGUAGUACAACAACAACAACAGCAGCAGCAUCAACAUCACUGAACCAAGGCCUUCUGUGGGAUUGUUUUGUAAAAAAGCAACAACAACAACAAACAUAAGCAAAGGACCAAGGCAAACAGAAAACUUAUCGGCAAACUUAAACAAAAGGAGGCGGGGAAGAGUGGCAACAAUAAUUGAAAAUAGCAACAUAGAAAAAAAAAAACACAACAAAAAUACUUUUUCCUUCCCCUCCCCUGGCGGUCACAUGUAAUUGCUAAGGGGGAAUAAGCGGCAACAAGCAAAUCAUACCGACAUCAUAUUUCCCAGCAAUUGGCACAGAAAAAAAAUCGCAAAAGCUUUAAUGUCUACUUGGCUGCUGGUGGUGUUUUUGUAAGCAUAGGGACACGACAUACAACACAUCCGGAACCUAGUCACAGAUACGUGUCAGCAACAGCCAAAGUUCCACUGACACACAGCCAGUCAGCCAUACAUCUCUUUCUCUCUAUCUCGACGUUGUAGUGCCACUAACACAGCGACACACAGACAUAACUAAAUCAACGUUAUCAGCAAUUAUCACAACGUUUCGUUUGGCAGCAUAAAAAACAACAACAAAAUACAACAAACAUAGAGGCCUCAAACGUAACAAACAAAAAAAAAAAACAGCCCGGCUCCCAUUGAAAACGGAGAAGCAAAAACACAACAAGAGAGAAACAAGCCUCUGAAAGCCUGCCAUUUCAAGUGAAAGCACUCAACCAAGCAACCAGCCAACCAUCCAAACAGGCAGCCUGUCUGUCAUACAACCAGCAAUUCAUUCAUACACAUACAACGCAACAUAAUACCAUAUCAAAACCAGCCGCAGAGCAAUACAUUAGCAAGAUUACACCAACCACCCAACCAACUUCACACAACCACCCAACGACGAAUGCAGUUACAAAGAGAGCGGGAAGCAAGAGAGUGGAACGACAAAUAAGAGACGCCAUCAUCAUACACGACUACAUCAAUCAUUGUAACGGCCUCUCAUUGCCUGUUGCAAGCAAGCCAACAUAUCAGCAUCACCAGCAACAACAACAACAACAACAACAACACCAAACCACAUUGUAUAGACAUUGCCGAUUCGGUUGGGUUAUUCAUUUCCAACUUAACUCAAUUUCUAUCACAAGAAGAAGAAGCAUCCAACCAGCCAGCCAUCAUUUUUAUGCAGACAACAACAUAACAGUGCCCUCCAACAACAACAAUCAGCCUUAUACAAAGCAAAAGCAUUUCUGCAAAGAACAAGAGAACGGUAGACAGGCUCUGGACAACACAGACACACCCACACACACACACAAACAGCCUGUGGAAAUAUUAUAAGCGGGUGGCAUUAACAUCAUUAUUGCAACGGCUGUCAUUAACACUCUAAAAAUCCGCUUGGCCUCCCCACCAAAAAUUCACACACCACCCCCCUCCCCCCCAAUCAUAGUUAGUUACACAGAGAGACUACCAGCAACUGUGUGGCACUUGUCAUUCCAUCCAUCCGGCCGGCAUUGACAACGCAACACAACGCAACACCAACAAAAAUGGCGGGGACAACGGCGAAACGUAGCCGAAAGGAUAACAACAUGCUGAUGCACGGUUUUAUUUUGGUGACUAUUUUGGCAACGGCCAAAAGUGCCGAAGCGGAAAUUACCAUGGAAGCAGCUUUUCAAGGACACUGUGGCCACACCAGCCCCUGCGAACAAUUGUGCUAUGAAAUCCAUGAUGGCAUGUACGAAUGUGAUUGCAUCGAAGGUUAUGAACUCAAUAAAAAUGGUUAUAGCUGUCAAGUGAUAAAUUCAACGAACAGCAGUGAUGGCCACAGCAAAUCCGAUGAAGAUGUGCUGUAUCAAAAAGGAGCAUCGUUUAGUGCCAAAUUGGCCAAUGACAAUGCCGACGAUAACCACAUAGGUAAUAACCAAUUGAAUGGAGGCGGUGGCGGAGGAGGCAGUAGUGCGUCGGAUGGUGGCCUAUCAUCGCCGUUCAAUCGGGACUCUGAUGAGGACAUUAUCGAUGGCGAUGAUGAAUCGUCGUAUAUCAGUGACGAUUUGGGAGGUCUAAUGGCCCAGCGCGAGAAAAUCAAUUCCAAUGAUUAUUACAUAUCAAAUGAGGGCGAAGAGGGAGAGUUAGAUAGCCGGGGUAUGGAGCGAGAUAUAAGUGAGGAUGAUUAUGACGAUGAGCCAUAUGAACGGCAACGGGCCACGAUCACCACAACCAAGCCCAUAGCCUUGAUGUUGCAUCGCAAUCGCAAAGCACCUGCUGGAAAUAAAAAUCAGCCAAGAUCAUCGGGCCCAUCGACGAGGGCAACAACUACAACCAGUGCACCAUCCUCAACAACAACAUCGAGCACAACAAGCACAACAACAACGGAGACGACGAUGCUAACGAAUGAGAAUCUCGAUGAACUGGAUGAUUAUUAUGCCAAGCAGGACAUGUCCAUUUAUGAUGAUGUCAAUAAUAAUCAAUUAAAUUUAAGGCCAAUCAAUCAUUUAACAUAUCAGCAGCAACCACAACAGCAGCAACAACAACAAAAGAGACAACUGCAACAGCAACACCAUCAAAUGGAAGCACAAACGAACAGCAAUCACCAGCAGUCGCAACAGCAACAAAAGUCGCAGCAUCACAAUAGCUUUAGCUAUAGUAGUCAAAAUAAUAACAAUAACAACAACAAUUUAUUUAAAACUGCCACAGCAGCACAAACAGCUUCGACAACAAGUUAUGCAACUGCCACAAGUGGCACAAACAACAACAAACAGCAGCAACAACAACAACAAGUAUCAACAAACAUAUCAUUAAAUCUAAGUUCAGCCGAAACAAACGAAAUUUGUAAUUUAGAAUGUGGAAUUGAUGGCAUGUGUGAAAAAUCGGAGGGAACGAGUAGAUGUCUAUGUCCGUUUGGCAAAACUGGCAACAACUGUUUGGAAGACAUUAAGGUACGAGUACCGAAAUUCUCCAAACACUCAUGGUUGGCCUUUCCUGCCCUUAAGGGUGCCUACAAACAUGUUCAGCUACGCAUUGAAUUCCGUCCCGAAUCCUUUGAUGGUAUUAUUCUAUUGAGUGGAGAACGCGACGAUUUGACGGGAGAUUUUAUGGCUCUGCUGUUGAAUAAAGGAUUUGUGGAAUUUUGGUUCGAUUGUGGCAGCGGGGCUGGCAGCGUGAGAUCGCGUGAGACCAUCCUCCUAAACGAAUGGAAUUCUGUGGUAAUCUAUCGUCAUCGUUGGGAUGCCUGGUUGGUAUUGAAUCAUGGCACGAAGGUGCAGGGUAGAUCGACGGGCCUCUUCUCCCGCAUUACCUUCCGUGAACCGGUAUUCCUAGGUGGCACUGGCAACAUCACUGGCCUGGCUAAUCGUUUGCCAAUUACAUCGGGCUUUUUGGGUUGUAUACGUCACUUCAUUGCCAACGAUCAAGAAUAUAAAUUUGAGGAACACCCAGCGGGAGAUGUUACCAAGGGUUUUGAUAUACAGGAUUGCAUUACGGACAAGUGCUUCAAAUAUCCCUGCCAACAUGGUGGCAAAUGUCUGCCCUCCGACCAGGGAGCGGUGUGCCUAUGCCCCAUUGGCUUUGUGGGAGAUUUGUGUGAGAUACGUAUGGAUUUACAGGUUCCUUCAUUUAAUGGCUCCUCCUUUUUGCGUUAUGCCCCCUUGGGUGACAGUGUUUUGAUAUGGCUGGAAUUGAAUGUCAUCCUCAAGCCCGAACAAGCCGAUGGCCUUAUUUUGUACUCGGGACCCAAACAUCAUGGUGAUUUUAUUGCCUUAUCCCUGAGCAAUGGCUAUGUGGAGUUCUCCUUCAAUUUGGGCAAUGGUCCUGCCGUUGUAAGAAGUGAAUACCCCUUGUCCAUUGGUCAAUGGCAUACCAUAAGAAUAUCACGAACGGCACGUCUAGCUGUCCUUAAGAUUGACCAACUGCCCGAGGUAAUGACGAUUUCGGCAAAUGGCUUUUGGCAUCUUUCGCUGCCGGAGAAUCUCUUUGUGGGCGGUGUGAAUCACAUCGACAAAUUGCCCAUGGACUUGAAAAAUAAGCCCUUCUUUGUGGGUUGCAUUCAAAAGAUUGAAAUAAAUGGCCAUCCAUUGUCGAUUAUCUCCGAGGCGCUGGGUGGCACAAACAUUGGCAAUUGCCCGCAUGCCUGUGUGGCAAGGCCAUGUGGCCCAUUGUCCGAGUGUGUGCCACAAAUGGAGGGCUAUGAGUGUCGUUGCAGUGCCUACAAUGAACAGUGCAAUAACAACAACAGCAAUAGCAAGAAAGGCAAAACCCGCAUGGAAGAGAAGACAAGUAAAAUCCAAUCAAAAGUAAAAGCCAAUAAGGCUGUCAUUGCCCCAUCGCUGGGCCACAAUGAUUUCAGUGUUAAGGACAGUGCAUUGAGGCAGAAACAACAACAACAGCAGCAGCAGAAGCCACAACAACAAAAGGGCCACAAGAAACCCAAGAAACAACACUUGUUGUGGCACAAAACAAGCUAUAAAGCCAUGCAGCAGCAACAGCAACAGAAUCUGAAACCCAGUAUUGCAUUGGCAACCACAAGGACCACCAGCACAACUCCAACAACUCCCCCUCCACCCAGUACCACAACACCAACCACCACCACAACAACAAUGAAUUGGCAGGACAUGGAAAUCAUCAAUAGGGAUAUCCUAGAAACCCAAGAGACCCUGGAACGCAUCAUGGAGAAAAUGAAAACCGAUGAAGUGGUGCUCGACGACGAUGAGGAUGAGGACGAACAGGAUGAGGAGGCUGAUGAAAUAGAGGAUGAUAUGAUAUUCCGGGAUAUUAAGGCCAUGCAUGAACAGCAGGAGUUGGAGCAGGAACAGGAACAAGAGCAAAUGCAGAGACAAAGAGAACAACAGCAGCAGCAACAACAACAAAGGCAGCAAGAAGAACAGGAACAACACAUGAGGCAGCUGGCCAAGGAGGUGGCUAAAUAUGGACAUCACAGCAGCAACAACAACAACAACAUGAAAACGAAUCAACGAACAAACCGCAAUAAACGUAAACACAUGAUGACGACAACAACAACAACUGUUCGCACAACAACACCCACAACCAUCAGUACCACAACAACAAGGACGAUGACGACAACCACCACACGAAAGCCUUACAAACAAAAACAACAACAGCCACACUCUUCGUUUUAUGGCUCUGCGAAACCGGAUCCCCACCACAAGACACCCGUCCUGGAUAAGCCGCAACAUAAAUUGAGUCGUUUGCCGACACACUACGAAAGCUUUCAGACCCAAACCGGAAGUGACAUCUUAACCUUUGAAGAUCCGGUGGCACUGGAAGAACAAUGGCAGGACUUUAAUGCGGCUUCUUCGGCAUCACAGUCCUCCUCCUCGAGUGAAGAGCAUAGCGAGGAAACGAAGCAGGCAAAUAGUGGUGGCUAUGUUAGCCUGGAUAGUAACAGCAACAACAACAACAAUGAUGAUAACAACGACAACAACGAAGGAGCCGCCAUUGAAAAUACCAGCGAGGAUACCUUUGUCAUGGACGAGUCCUUGUUCGAUGAAAACGAUGGCACCGAGGAUUAUCAACGCAAACAAUUGGCCCAGGAUAUGAAACGGAUUAUGGCCAAUACCAAGGGUCAUUAUACGCCCAAACAGCCGAAAUUGGUCAUCACCGAAUAUGAUUACAGUGGUGAGGAUGAAAUGCCAUCACAGGAUCAUAACAACAAGGAGAACCAGCGGGAGGCAACAAAUAAACCACAAGCACCAAAAUUAAUGGACACCAUGCAGCAGCAAAAACCUCUGCAAUAUCCUCAACAAUCCUUAUAUGAUGCCCGGAAAUUUGACGACUUCAAUAUUGUGGAACAUUCCAAUGAGGACAAGCAUGCGGAUAAUGGAGGAAAUUCCAAUGAAGACAAUAGCAACGAUGAUGAUGGGGACGACGACGAUGAAUUUGAUUCCCAGGAAUUUGAGGAAGUCAAAAAGAAACCCUCCGCUGAUCCCACACAAACCCACACCGAUUGGAGCCUCUUGAGUAAAUUUGAUCUACCCUCAAAUGAAAAUCGCCCACCCAUUGGAGUGAGAAAGAAUUUCGGUGCCUGUUUUGUGGGUCAUGAGUCCUAUUUCCAUUACAACGAUCCCGAUACCAUGAAUCAAAUCAUCAGCAACAACAUCGAUUUGAAUUUGAGAAUAAAAACGCGUUCCGAACACGGAGUGAUACUGUGGACCGCCUGUGUGGGUACCAUGGAUCAGGAUUCGGAUGAUUAUCUGUCGCUGGGCAUUGAGGAUGGGUACCUCCACUUCCGUUACAACUUGGGUUCCGGUGAGGUGGAUAUACGCUUUAAUGCCACCAAAAUCAGUGAUGGCCUAUGGCAUCGCGUCAGGGCCAUAAGAAAUAACCAAGAGGGCUAUCUGGAAGUGGAUGGCCGCAAGAGCAUUACCCUGAGAUCGCCGGGUACAUUACGUCAAUUAAAUACCGAUACGGGUCUAUAUGUUGGUGGCCUGCCCGAUUCUGUGUACUUCCCACGGCGAAGAUAUACGAAUGGCAUCGUUGGUUGUAUAUCGGAAAUUGUCAUAUCCGGCGAGUUCAAAAUGAAUUUCGAUCCGAAUACAUUGGGGACAGCCCACAAUGUGGAGACGGGCAUACUUUGAAACGUCAAUGCGUUGAUGUUUCGCAUAACUUAAGAAUAGUUGAAAUUUUCAUUUAUUUUUUAGGAUUUUAUUUGCCUAUUAAAGAAAAGACAAAAACAAAAGGAAAACAACAACAACAACAGAGUACAUAGAAACUAGAACAAGAGAAAAAGAGACAUUACAAUGAUAUUUUCACAAUUUACACGAAAAAUCACACACACACACUCUCUCACACAAAGACAUAAUUAUCCUUUAACGAAAAGCAUACACCCCCACUCACCUAUCUCUUUUUAAGCUGCCUCCCACGCCAUAGCUACACAAACAGACACCACAGACACUUGAACACACACACACACUGAUAUGAUAAUGAAUAAAUCAAUAUGUUUGUAUAAAGACGCUUUUAAAUAAAUAAAUUAAAAUUAAACAAAACCAACUAUAUAUAUAUUAUUGAAAUAACAAAAAAAAAAAAACAACAACAAAUUUUAUAAAAUGGAAACUUUAUUUAUAAGCAGAAAGAAAAAAUGAAAAAUUAAUGAAAAUAGAAAACAAAAAACAACAACUAAAACAAUUAAUUGAAACAAUCACAAACUACUAAAUGAAAAAAAAAAAAAAACAAAACAAACAAAUGAAUGAAUUAAAGAGACAUGUAUGUGUCUCGGCAAAUGAAUGGUAAAGAGAUAGACACACACACACACGAAGACAUUUGAAAGGGAGAGGUCAUGGCACAGAGCAGACUCAUAGAGAGUUGACUCAUAGAGAAUCAUGGCAUUAACUGUAAGGUCUUGAGAGAGACUCCUUACGGUUGCUGAUGAUUCCUUGCGAAACGAUUCAAGAAGCCUUGAUCUAACCCUUCCAGAGUCUUUUAAAAGUAUUAUCAACCUGACUUUACGAGAAAUGGCAAAAGAGAGCUUGAAAUACUUUUUUCCUCGAGAAUAAAAAGCAAUACAAAUACAUAUCAACUAUUCUGUGUUACCAAAGGAACAUACAUAUCCCUAUCUGCAAGGAUAGGAUUUCAAUGAGUUUUUAGGUGGGGAUGGUGAGUGUAGAAGCUUAAAAUUUUCCAAUGGAAUCAAAAAAUUAUCCUCAUUAGUGGAGGAUCGACUACGGAUAAAUCGUCAACGUUGGUGAGAAAAUAUAUCCAAAAAAGGGGGGGAGAGUAUAUCGAAAUUUUUGAAAGAAAUUCUCAAUGGGGAUAAAUUAUCUAUGUAGUGGUUAUACCAUUCAUGUUGAAGGAUGAUUAUCCAUGCGGUGGAUAUAUUAUCCCUGUUAAAAAAAUUAUUCACAAAGGUGAAUAAAUUAUCCACAUUGGUGAAAAAAAUUAUCCACAUUGGUAAAAAAAAUUAUCCACAUUGGUAAAAAAAAUUAUCCACGUGGUGGAUAAAUUGUUCAUGCUGAAGGAAAAUUAUCAAAAACUAUCCACGUUUUUGAAAAGAAAAUGUACAUAUUGGUGAAAAAUUUUCCACGUGCUCAAUAAGUAAUACACGUGGUGGAUAAAUAAUUCAUGUUGAAGGAUAAUUAUCCACGUGGUGAAAAAAUUAUCCGCGUUAAUAAAUAUUCCAUGUAGGUCCAAGGAUAAUUAUCCGCGUUUGUGAAAAAAUUAUCACGAUAGCGAAAAAAAUUAUCCAUAUUCUUGAAAAAAAAAAAUAUAAAUGUGGUGGAUAAAAAAAACUUCUGGAUUUAUUAUCCACUUGUUAAAAAAAUUAUCCGCGUUGGUUAAUAAAUUAUUUAUGUUUGUGGAUGUAUUAUCCAUGUGGUAGAUAAAUCAUCCACGUGGUGGAUAAAUUAUCUACGUGGUGGACAAUUCAUUGACGUGGUUGAUAAGUUAUUAUAAAUUAUCUACGUGGUGGAUAUAUUAUCCGUGUGGUGGAUAUUAUUAUUAUUCGCGUAGUGGAUAUAUGAUCCACGUGGUGGAUAUAUUAUCCGCGUGGAGGACAAGUUAUCCACGUUGUAUAUAAAUCCACGUGGUGUAAGUUACCUACGCGGUGGAUAAAUCUUACACGUCGUGGAUAAAUUUUCUACGUGUGGGAUAAAUUACCUACUUGGUGGAAAUAUCAUCCACGUUGUGAAUAUAUUAUCUACGUGGUGGAUAUGUUAUCCACGUGGUGGAUAAAUAGUGCACGUGGUGGAUAAAUCAUUCACGUAUUGGAUAAAUCAUCCAUGUUUCGGAUAAAUUAUCUACUCGGUGGAUAAAUUAUCCAUGUUGUGGAUAAAUCAUUUACUUUUCGAAUUCACGUGGAGGAUAAAUAAUAAACGUGGUGAAUAAAUUAUCCACAUUGAUGUAUAAAUUACUCACUGUGGUAAAAAAUUGGCACGCUGGUGGAUAAUACAUUCAUAUUGGUGGAAAAUUACCCAAUUUGUAACGACAGAUUUUCCAUGGGGUAGAGUAGCUCGCCGGGGUCCUAGGGUUUUUUUUUGAGACAGAAAGAGAAAGACAUUUUUUCGUUUGAUAAUACACUUUAUUGUUUAGUUAAUAUGAGCAUGGACUGUGCUUAUGCUAUAAUAAAUUGAACAUAUUCUACUAGCCUUCGUUCCGUUGUUAGCAAUGGUUUUUCGACUCAAGGUCUGGAUAAGUACUCGAGGAAUGGGACAUGGGAAGCAGGAUUUCUUCCUCAGGAUUCGGUAUAGUUAUCGGAGUGAUUUAAUGCGAAAGACAUUGAUAAGUACUCAAGCAGAACCUAUGAGGGUGUGUCAGGCUUCUUCUAUAGGAGAUCCAAUACCAGAGAUCCAGUACCAGAGACCUUAAUAAGUUUUCAAGCAAUUCUACAAAAAUAUAUUAGUCUACGUCUGAAUCAAGCGUUAUCUGCAAAGAUAUACGAAACUACUGCAUCAAGGGGCACUCAAGCAAUUCUACAAGGGUAUGCAAGAUUACGUCUGCGAGAGACCUUAAUAAGUACCCAAUUAGGUUCUGCAAAGAUGUGCUAAGCUGUGUCUGUAGGAGACCAUACUAAGUAUUUAGAGAAAAUUUACAAGAGACCUUAAUAAGUAUUUAAUCAGAAUCUACAAGAAUAUGCCAUGGUUCGGCUGCAAGAGAUCUUAAAAACGACUCAAGCAAUUCUACAAGGAUAUGCAAGGCUGGGUCUGCGAGAGACUUUACUAGGUACUCAGACAGAAUCUACAAGCUACUGGUAGAAGAGAACUUAUAAAGUACUCAAUCGGGAUAUACAAAAAUAUGCUAUGCUAUGACCGAAAGAGACCUUAGUACUUAAGAAAUUUUUCCAGGAUAUGGACACCUUAAUGAGUACUCAAGCAAUUUCUACAGGAUAUGCGAAACUACGACUGCCAAGUUCUAAAACAGAACUCAACAGAAUCCACGAGGAUAUGUUAGGCUACGUCUGCGAGAGACCUUAAUAAGUACCCAAGUGUGAUCUACAAUGAUAUGCAAAGCUACGGCUGCAAGAGACCUUAAUAAGUACUCAAACAAUUCUACCAGGAUAUUAAAGGCUGCAUCUGCCAGAAACCUUAAAAAGUACGAGAUCUAAAUGGAUAUGUGAAACUACGGCUGCAAAAGACCUCAAAUAGUAUUCAAAUAGGAUCUACGAGGACAUGCUAGGCUACGUCUGCGAUAGGCCUUAAUAAGUUAUCAAGAGCAAUAUUCAUGGAUAUGCGAAGCAACGCCUGCGAGAGAACUUAAUAAGUAAUUAAGCUAUCUUACAAGAAUAUGGAAGGCUAAGUCUAAGUACUCAUAUAUGAUCUACGACCAUAUGCAAGGUUAUUUUUCCAAGAGGAUAUGUAAAACUACGGCUGUAGAAGAUCUCAAUAAGUAUUCAAGUGGAAUCUACGAGGACCUACUAGGCUACGUCAGCAAGCGAUCAUAAUAGGUAAUCAAGCUGGUUCUACAAGGAUGGCAAGAUACCUUCGAUCAGAUCUGAAAGGAUAUGCAAAACAACGGCUGCGAGAGACCCUAAUAAGUAAUUAAGAAAUCCUACAAGGAUAUGGAAGGCUACGUCUGCGAGAAACUUGAAUAAGUAAUUAAACGUGAUCUACGAGAAUAUGCAAGUCUAUUUCUGUGAGAAACCUUAAUAAGUAUUCAAGCAACAUCUACAAGGAUACUAGGGAGUUCCAAGUAUUCAUGCCCUAAAGACGUGGAUAAGUACUCUAAGGAAAGAUGUCCGAGGUUAAUUUUACUUACCGACCGAUGGCGUCAACUCGUUGCCAUUCUAGCAUUGACUGCCCUUAUUCUGCCAUCGUCCGCCUUUUUAUCAUGUGGUACCACUACGUGUUUCGCACUGAAGUUACUCGAACUUGUUUUAAAAGUGUUGAGAAAUUUCUGCUGUUCUGUUGUUGUGAUAACGAUUUACCUGCAAUGAGCAUAUAUGACCUCAAGAUCAAAUCUGAAAAAAAUAGUAAUUUGCGUUGGCAAAUACAGGGUGAGAUAAAAAACCUGCAACAAAGUCAAACGCCAUUAUUUUCACAUUUUUUAAUUUUUUUGAAAGAAUGCAAAAAUGUCGGAAAUAGCAUCAAAUUUUAGAAUAAGUUUAUAUUUCUUCGAAUUGAUCACCUUUGGCAUGAAUUAUGGCCUUCAAACGGCCAAUGAAACUGUCACACGCUGCCCAAAUGUUGUUCUUCGGUAUUUUGGCCAAUUCCCGGCGAAGCGCAUGCUUGAGGUGAUCGACAUUUUGGUAUUCUUUAGAGCCAACCUUGCUUUUCAAAACACUCCAGACACAAUAGUCCAACGGAUUGUUAUCCGGAGGUUUUGGUGCGCCAUUGUGCGCUGGAAAUGAAGCGAUGAACCUCAUUUUCUAACCAUUCUUGGGUGGCGCAUGCUGAGUGCGAUGGUGCUGAGUCCUGUUGGAAUGUCCAAGGUCUGCGGCCAAAAUGUUAGCGUUCCCAAGGCUUUAAUACACCCUCCAGAAUAUUUUCUAGAUAAUAUUCUGCAUUUAUUCUGACGCCACGGUCAAUUAAUACGAGCGACCAUCGGCUGUUAUGGCGGCCCACACCAUCACCAAAGGCCGGCGCUUGAGUUCUGGUGGCCAACAGAAGGUGCACAUUUUUAACUGACGUCUUUGGCAAGUAAACACCAUCAUUUUACAACAGUUUACAAACUGCUGCUGGACAACGAAUGUUUUCUCAUCGGAGAAAACCAAAUUCGGCUGUUCACCACCUUCGGCCAAGCGAAGCAAAUCUUUAGCUCUUUUGAGUCUAUUUUCUUUCUGUUACGGUGUAAGUUCUUGCACUUUUUGGAAUUUCAAUGGCUUUACCCCGAGCUCAUUUUUCAAUAUUUGCCGAAUGGAGUAUUGCGAUAUGUUCAGCUCACGAGCCAUUUUUCCACCACUGCGACGCGGAAUUUGAUCAAGUCGCUUAUUUACUUUUCGAAUCAUUUCUGCUGAUGUUGCUGUUUUCUUGCGUCCACUCCCUUGCCGUCGGGCUACGCUACCAGUAUCACGGUAAAGAGCGAUGGUACGAGCCACAACAAAUUUAUUCACAUUUAAAUGCUGGAGUGCUCUAACGAUAGCCAGUUGUGGUUUUCCAGCCAAGUAUAAAGAAAUCAUACUAUCACGCUUGAAUACCAUCACAAAUAACUUUUUGUCUGGAAAAUUCUCAAAUUAUUUGUAAAAUUUAUCCAUCCUCUUCAAGGAAUUUUAUGGGUAGAAAGAAAACCUUCUAUUGAUAUUAGAAUUUUCAUCUCCAUAAAUUUUCCAUUGCAUACCUUUAGGCUUUCAGCUCAACCGGCCCCUUUUAACUCAAUUUAUCAACAACCUUUAAGGUUUACUUUUUACCACAAAAAAAAUGUAACUUGCCAUUUCUCAAAAAGUCUGAACGGAUCGCUCGAAAUGUAUUCAACGAGACAUUGAACAACAACAACAAAGAAAACUAAUUGUAGCUAAAUUAUUUAAAAUAAAAAAAACAACCACAACACAAAAGCAAAUUGCUUCACUUAUAAAUAAAAUAAAACAAAAUAAAAAAACCUGUGACUGUCAAUAUUUAUAAAAGAAAAAAAAAACGUGAAAUACAAUUUUUUUAAAACAGAACUUUUUGAAAACCAAAAAAGGGAAUUUAGACUAACUAACGCCCCUUAGUUUGAAGUGAAAAUAAUUUUUAGUUGGAAUAAGUUUUGAAUAGAAUUUUUUUAUAAUUUUGGCAAGUGAUGAAGAAGAUAAGCGGAUUGAGACAAGAAAAAGAAAAACAUUAAGCGCCUAUAAUUUUUGCAAAAUAAAAAUAUAAAUAAAUUAAAUUAAAUAAAAAAACUCACUGCAUUACUCACUAACUGUGCUAGAGUUGUUUAAAAAGAAGAAAAAAACCGCAAAUAAAAUAGUAAACAUAAAAAAUAUAUACAAAACAAUUGCAUUAUAAUUAUACACUUGCAUAUUAUUUGACAACCAACAACAAAACGUAUAUAGAGACUUUAUUAUUUAUAUAUGAAUUUGAAAAAAAAAGAGAAAAAAAUAAUUGCAAAAACAAAAGUAAAUGGUAACGAGAUACAUAUUAAAUGUUGUAGUGUUAGUUAUACUAUUAAAUAUAUAUAAAAAAAAAAACUAAGUCUAUUAAAAAAAAAACAAAAAUAUUAUAUAUAUAUAUAUGCAAACAACAAACUGAAAAUUAUAUAUGAGUGUAAGACAAUUAUAUACACAAAACACACAUAUAUAUAAUAAUAACAAAAAAAUAUUUAAUAAAUGCAAAACCAAAAAAAAAAAACAAAAUUAAAAAAAAAACGAAUUUUUUAUAGCAAAAAUUAUUUAAAUGAGAACAAGAACAACAAAAAAAAUCUAUGAAAAAAAUACAACUACACCUCCUCACUUGACUUUACUUGUGUUUGUUGUUAGUUAUUUGUGCAUCCUCUGUUCUGUUACACCGACACGGGCUUUGUAAACCAACCAAUUAUCUUCCCCAUUGCUUUUGUCUGUUGAUCCCUUUUCCACUAUUCCUUUAGAACCAAACGCUAGCGCUAAUGUAACUUUAAUGUGAUCACAAUGGUGGGUGUAAAUGUCAUAGAUUUGGAAUUAAGUAAAGGGAGAAUUUUUUUCGGGUUUUUUGUUCGUUUUUUUUUUUUUUAAUUGCUCUCAUUCGAUUUUUUUUAAUUUAUUCUUUAAAAAAUUGAUCUAAUUUGUCGACAUUUUUUUCAUGUUCUAAUUCCAUCAAUUUGGAAAUCGGAGUGGAAACAAGAAAAAGCAGCUUAGUUCGGCCGGGCCAAACUUGUUAUACCCUCCAACAUUCGGAAAAAAACUUAAAAUAUUAAAAAAACAAGUGAGCAAAGGCUAUAGUCGUGCGAGGCCGACCCUACAACACUACAAUAUGUUCGAAGCCCCCAUAUAUCCAAAUUCAUUUUGGAAAUUUUUUGUUUUUGAAAUAAUGGCAAAGAGCCCCGCCCAGAGGUUAUCCUUAGUUGUUUGACCCGGAGAAUUUGGCCAAUAUUUACGCAAUCCGUGGUGUUGUUAAGUAUUCAAAACAAUUUCAUACGAUAGUUGUGGUCCAUUUUGCAGCUAAAUAUAAUCCAAUAGUCAUCCAAAAUGCUAGACUUCUUCCUUGUCCUUAACUCUCUUCUGAUGCGAAAUUCCGUGUCGAUUAGUUUUCAAUUGUGUCCUAUAGAGCGAAUACAAUUUUAGAAAAAAAAACGCACAUCUUAAGAACAAUAGGCUUUAAUUCUGACCCUAACCCUACCCCCAUGCAAAAUUUCGUGUGGAUCGGACGAUAAUUGCGAUAUGCAUAUAAUACCCUCAAAACGUAAUGUUGGGCGGUGUAAAAAUUUAGAAAAUUUACAAUUCAAAAUUGUAAGUGAAAUUAAAAAAAUCGCAUGCGAUAAAAGAAAUGACAAAAACUAAAAAAAAUCGACAAAAAAUAUUAACUUUUUAAUUGGUAUAUUUUUCCGAAUUGACGGGAAUUGUGAAAAUCGGCACAGCGGAUCUUGAUUUAUAAGCAGAAUAAAUAAGAUCAAUUUUCUUACAUAUAUAUUCUACCUAUUUUGCUAUAAAUCCGAUGUCUUGGCUAUUAGCAUCACUCUAACGAUCAGAAGUGAUCUUUUAACGUAUUUGUGAUUUGGCUGAGAUUGAAAAUGUUCGCGAUUUGGUGGACAUUUUCCUAUUUUCUUACUUAAAAGUUAGGCUCUAUUUUACCCGCUAAUUAUUGUCCGAUGGCCCAAAUUGCUAGGUUGUAGGAUUGCCAAAUUGCUAGGUUUCUGUCCAUAUCUAAACUCUAACUCCAUGUAAAUCUUCGCGUCGAUUGGUUCAUAAUUGUGGCCUAUAGAGCAACUGCAAAAUCAGGAUUUUUUCUGGUUUCGGUCCAUUUCAACCCCUAAAUAUCGUGCGAUCAUCUCCAAAAAAAUAGGGUUCUAUUCUGACCAUAACCCUUCCUCCAUUUUCAAUUUCGUAAGGAUCGCUUCAUAAUUGCGACCUGUAGCUUGAUUACAAAUUAACAUGGACAGACGAACAGAUGGACGGACGGACAUACAUAGCUAGAUCGACUCAUAUCGGCGUGAUAGGAAGAUCCAUAUAUACUUUCCUAUGUGGGAAACCAAUAUUUCGAGGUGUUACAUAAUUUUUGGCCCAAUCAAACUUUUAAUACCCCCAACACAUAGUGUUGUAGGGUAUAAAACAAUCCGUCGAAAAAUACCGCUCAAAUAAAAACCUUUAUAUGGGGGCUACACGAAAAUGUGGUGUUGGAUAAGUAUUUUUUUUUUAUAGGCUGUAGUACGCAUUACGAACUUCGAAUACAUAAUUCGAAACAAUUCCGGUGAAUAAUGUCGCUAAUAUCAUCAAAAUACCUAAUAAAGGGUAUGGGGGGCUAUACUAAGGAGUGGACCUGAAUAGAAAAUUUUCCGUCAUAGGCUGGAGUAUCCAUUACGAACUUCAAAUACGAAAUUUGGCGCCAUUCCGGAGAAUAAUGUCGCCAAAAUUCUGGAAAUAACGAAUAUCUUGGAGUAGCGUUACAUUGGUGCUAUACUAAAACGUAGAACUAUAUAUGCAAUUCUCUUUCAGGGAAUAAAGUACUCACAGAGAACUCCUUGUGUAUAAUUUUAGACAUUUCCAUUUAAGAAUUUGGUUAAAAUCAUCAAAAUGCCAAAUAUCAGGAGGUACAGUUAUAUGAAGGCUAUACGACAUCGCGAACCUAUAUAGACAAUUGUCUUUCAGGGGAUAAAAUACUCACAAGGAACUCCUUGUGUGGAUUUUAAUCCAAUUUCAUUGAAAAAUGUGGCUAAAAUCAGGUACAGGUACAGUUUUAUGGCGGCUAUACGAUAUAAUGGACCUAUAUAGGCAAUUCUAUUUCAGGGAGUAAAGAAGUCACGAAGAAAUCCUUGUGUAGAAUUUCCUACGAUUCAAUUGAAAAAUGUGGUUAAAAUCAUCAAAAUACCGAAUAUCGGGAGGCAGCAUUGUUUGGGGCUAUACGAUAUAGUGGUCCUAUAUAGAUAAUUCUCUUUCAGGGAAUAAAGUACUCACAGAGAACUCAUUGUGUAGAAUUUUAGACAAUUAUAUUUACAAAUGUGGCUAAAAUCAUCAAAAUCCCGAAUAUCAGGUGAUACAGUUAUAUGGUGGCUAUACGAUAUCGUGGUCCUAUAUAGAAAAUUCUCUUUCAGGGGGUAAAGUACUCAGAGAGAACUCCUUGUAUAGAUUUUCAGACUAUUUCAUUGAAAAAUUUUCCUAAAAUAAUCAAAAUAUCGAAUAUCGGGAGGUACCGUUACCUGGGGUAUAUAUGAUAUCGUGGGCCUACAUAGACAAUUCUCUCUUCCAGUGAGUAAAUUACUCAAAAGGAACUCCUUGUGUAGAAUUUCAGACAAUUCAAUUGAAAAAUGUGGCUAAAAUCAUCAAAAUACCGAAUAUCAGGGUACAAUUAUAUGGGGGCUAUACGAUAUCGUGGUCCCAUAUAAACAAUUCUCUUUCAGGGGGUAAAGUUCUCAGAGAGAACUCCUUGUGUAGAAUUUCACACAAUUCCAUUUAAAAAUGUGGCUAAAAUCAUCAAAAUACCUAAUAUAGGGGGUACUGUUAAAUAGGGGCUAUACGAUAUCGUGGACCUAUAUAGAAAAUUUUCUUCUAGGGAGUAAAGUACUCAAAAUACCGAAUUUGGAGGAAUAUCGUUAUAUGGGGCCAUUUGUUAUCGUGGACCGAUAUAGCCCAUCUUCGAACUUGACCUGCCUGCACCCAAAAGAAUGAUCUGUAGCUUCCUAUCUUUAUUCGUUUUGACUCCAGCGUGAUUACAACAGACGGACAGACUAAAUCGGGCUAAAUCGUUAUAGAAUUUUUUUUAUAAAUCCCUAUAAUCGAUGGUCAUGCGGAAUUAGACACCCUGUAGAAAAUGUCAAAUAUUGGAUCACUACUGACUUUGUCCCCAGUACUACUGACCAAGUUCAGACAAACAAUAUUUUUCCCUAUAGGCAUUUGGUUUCAGCUUGUCAUUCAGAAGUUUCUAACGACUUUGACAGCAAUUCUUAGACGGGCCUAUGGAACAUUGGUAUUAGUGAGUCAAUUUAUAAUGAGGUCCCUAGGUUAAGUUAAAGGAUGUGCAGUUGUUUUCUAACAAUUACUCCACUCGAAGACCUACAAGUCCAUUGUGAAUUUGAGAAAAGGAAGAGAAGGAAACCGAAAAAUGAAAAAUAUAAGAAAAAUGAUUUGUUAUCCUCGAAGAAGUUAACAUGUUGUCUUUAACCACUUUAUUCCUCUGGCUGACCUGAAAAAUGACAUUUGGUUCAGUGUCGGAGAAUGAAAGCAGAUAGUGCAAAAUUUGCUUUCUCAUACCGAAGAGAGUUGGACAAUGAAUGCUCGACCGUUUCAGUUUCCUCCUCAUCUUGGCAGAGCCUGUAGUAAUCGUUGUCGUCGCCAACCAAGUUAGAAGUCAUGGCUAGGUUCAUUGUCAAUAUGUCGUAAUAAAAUAUUCUGAUGUUUCUAAUGAAGGCAGAACGACUGAAUAAACCAUCAUGGAAUCAGACAUAUUUUAUAAUAUAUGUAUGUACGUGUUUGUCUACAGUUUUACGCCCUAAGAAGCAACGUAAUAAAUUUAUUAAUUUAUGACAAACGAUUACUUUUUAUUAUGAAGGCAAAACAAUUAUGUUAUUGCAUUUUUGUGUCUGUUUGAUAUUGACGUGACACUAAAUGACAAUCAUGUCAGCCAUAACCGCAAUACUACAUAACCCAGCAAACAUUUGCAUAGGUGAACAAAAGAAGCAAGUUGUCGAGUAUUCUUGGUGGUUGCAAGAUCGGAAUUAACCCUAGGAGAACCUAUCGGAUUUACGAUAAAAAAUUUAAUAUGGCAGAAGGUUAUCAGGAAUUGAACACGGGAAUUAAGAAAACGACAAAUAGCUUCAUAUUCAUAAUUUCUUUACUGAGAAAAGCGUCUCCUUUUGCAACAAAAUGAUACAGGGUAAAAAAAAGGAAACAAAGUCAAAUGCCAUAAUUUUUACAUAUUUUUUUUUCAAUGUUAUUGAAUGAAAGCAAAAAAUGUCGGAAAUAGCAUCAAAUUUUAGAUAAGUUCAAACGGCCAAUGAAACCGUUACACACGUUUACAAACUGCUGGACAACGAAUAUUUUCUCAUCGGAGAAAACCAAAUUCGGCAAUUCACCACUUUCGACCAAUCGAAGCAACUCUUAAGCUAUUUUGAGUCUAUAUUCUUUCUGUUGCGGUGUAAGUUCUUGCACUUCUUGGAAUUUCAGUGGCUUUACCCCGAGCUCAUUUUUCAAUAUUUGCCGAAUGGAAUAUUGCGAUAUGUUCAGCUCACGAUCCAUUUUUCGGCCAUUGCGAUGCGGAUUUCGAUCAAGUCGCUUCUUUACUUUUCGAUCCAUUUCUGCUCAUAUUGCUGUUUUCUUCCGUCCACUUUCUUGACGUCGGCCUACUCUACCAGUAUCACGGUAACGAGCGAUUCUGCCGCAAUUUCCGACUGAAUGAGUCUCAGUUUCACAUUUUGGAGUUUAUUUCAUAUGCACGUACAUCCCAAAUCUACAUUUCCAUCAAUAUUUUUUGGGGGUUACAAAUUUAAUACAAUACAAAAUUUCCUAUACUGACCACACAUUGGGUUAAUAAUGCCUAGGUGGACAAUUAUCUGUAAGAUGGUUCUCUACUCCAGAGAAGCCUAAAUACAAUUUUUAGGUAAAUCAACUGAUGAAUGUGCUCAAGACCAAAAUGGGCCCUACCAUGGUAAAAUUAAGAAGGUAAAGUCAUUUCAAAUAAGCAAACCCAUCUCUGCAUUUUCUGUAAUUUACCUUGUUAAAUUUCACUUCAUAAAAACUAAGUUUCCAUCUCUAAUUUGUAAACAUAUGUUUGCAUGACUUUACCUUCUUGAUUUUACCAUGGGCCCUACUCUGAAAAUUUUAAAUUGUAUGCGAAGAGGUUUUCUACCCCCUUAGAAAAAACGAUGCGAAACAAGAGCCAAAAAAUGAAAAAAAGUUGCCAUGACCCCGAAAAUAGCUUAAAUCAUAUGAUGGUUAUACCAAAACCUAAUAAUAUUUUGCAAGGAUGGUUUGUUCUCAAAUUAUCAAAAUUCGCCAAAAUUAGUAUGAAGAAUAUAUACUUGAAAUCGGGUUGUACCCUUAUCCGGGGGUUAUGACCCAUAUGAUGAUCGCUUUUGCGAUUUAAAGUAUCUUGAAAGUUUAGAAAAGAAAUCCAUUUCUGACUAAAUGUCCAAUACGCCCUACUCAUGGUACAAUAAAAAGGUAAGGUAGAGCUCCCAGCUGAUUACAAUUUUUUUCUAAAUGUGUCCGACUUCUGCCAUUUUUGUGUAUGUAUUUGUUGUUUUGAAAAAUAAAAACAAAAUAUUUUCAAAUUCAAUGAUUGGAAGAAAGUAAAAUUGCGGGGCGCGCAUUAAUAAUAUUAACCAGAUUUGCCCUGGAAUUGGCAGAUUAAACACUUAGGAUCAUAUUUUUGAGAGAACAUCCAGGCAUUUCAUUCAUCUUUCGCACUAUUUAACUCAUUUUAGAAAUGAACAAAAACUUUCAAAUAAAUAAAAACAAUUUGCUGCCUAUAAUUUUGAAUUAUUCUGACAGGAAGCGGGCAUAGCCUCAGUGUUGUAUUUCUGUAGUUUUAAGAAGCUGUUCUACCUUCUUAUUGUACCAUGGCCCUACUAUUUUGCAUUUUUUAUAUUCCGCAUCCUUCAUAUUCGAACGAAUUGAGAUAGAAGGCUAAAAAGGCACACAUGUAUAUUUUGCCAGUAGGCAGGUUAAGUUCGUAAAUGGGCCAUGUAAGUCUACGUUAUCAUAUAGCCCCCAUAUAACGGCACCUCCCGAUAUUCGGUAUUUUGAUGAUUUUAGCGACAUUAUUCACCGGAAUUGUUUCAAAUUUUGUAUUUGAAGUUCGUAAUGGAUACUACAGCCUAAGUCAAAAAAUGAGACAUGUAGGUUCACGUUUUCAUAUAGCCCCCAUAUAACGGUACCCCCCGAUAUUCGGUAUUUUGAUGAUUUUUGCGAUAUUAUUUAACGGAAUCGUUCCAAAUUUGGUAUUUGAAAUUCGUAAUAGACACUACAACAUAAAACAGAAAAUGGGCCAUGUAGGUCCACCUCUUCGUAUAGCCCCCAUAUAACGGUACCUCCCGAUAUUCGGUAUUUUGAUGAUUUUAGCGUCAUUAUUCACCGGAAUUGUUUCAAAUUACGUAUUCAGAGUUCGUAAUGGGAACUACAGUCUGUGACAGAAAAUUGUCUAUGCAGGUCCAGGUCUUCGUAUAGGCCCCAUAUAUCAGUACCUCCCUAUAUUCGGUAUUUUGAUGAUUUUAGCAACAUUAUUUACCGGAAUUGUUUCAAAUUUGGUAUUUGAAGUUCGUAAUGGGUACCACAUUCUAAGUCAAAAACUGAGCCAUGUAAGUCCACGUCUUCAUAUAGCCCCCAUAUAACGGUACCCCCCGAUAAUCGGUAUUUUAAUGAUUUUAGCGACAUUAUUUAACGGAAUCAUUUCAAAUUUGGUAUUUGAAGUUCGUAAUAGAUACUGCAGCAUAAAAAAGAAAAUGGGCCAUGUACGACCACGUCUUCGUAUAGCCCCCAUAUACCGUACUCCCCGAUAUUCGGUAUUUUGAUGAUUUUAGUGACAUUAUUUACCGUGAUUGUUUCUAAUUUGAUAUUUGAAGUUCGUAAUGGAUACUUAAGCUCAUGCCAGAAAAUUGUCUGUACACUUCCACGUCUUCGUAUAGCCCCAUAUAACGGUACCCCCCCGAUGUUCGGUAUUUUGAUGAUUUUAGCUACAUUAUAAAUUGAUUUUUCUGCAAGUUUCACAUUUAAAUAUUGUAAUAACUUUUGACAAAAGUUACCUAUGCAGGUCCACGUCGUCGUAUAGGCAUUCGGUAUUUUUAAGAUUUUAUUAGAAUCUUUAAAUACAAAAUAAAAUCCGUUUAUUUUAUUUAUUUAUUUAUUUAUUUUUAUUUAUUUAUUUAUUUUUUUGAAAAUUGCCAAAUUUGUACCACAUAGUGGAGGGUAUUAAAAAUUCUACACGGCCGAACUUACAGCUUUUUUUACUUGUUUAAAUUGAAAUCCAUUUUUCCUCAAUCUAUAAAUUCCAUAUCAAAUAUAAAAUGUGAUAAAAAUACAUAUAUAUAUAUAUAUAAUUUUUUGUAUGCGAAUAAAAAUAUUUUUGAGUUUGUUUUCCAAAAUCCCUUUCCGUCCAAAAUUAAAUAGUUGAGUAGAUUUCCAACUUUUCACUCCCUUUACAAAACCUCCGAUAUGUAUGGCAUUUACACUCAAAUAAAUACAAAAUAAAAAUGAAUAAUUUCAAUUAGAAAAAAAAACUAAAAAGGUUACUCCUUCAAUACUAACUAAUCAAGCAAAAACAAACAAAAGAAAAUGUGUCCUUCAUUGAUUAUACAACAAUUACACAAGUCAUAUAUUUCCUAUCACAAACUAAACCAUACCAAAAAAAAAACGAACACAAAAUAAAGAAACCAAACCAAAAUCAACGACAAAAACAAAACAAAAUGUAACAAUCAUCAUCAAAAUGUAAAACCAAAAAAAAACAAAAAACUAAGAAAAAAAAUCAAUUAUUAUUGCAAAAAAAUUGAAAUUAGAAAAAAUUUUUAAAUGAUUUCAAAUUGUUUUUUUUUAACCAAGAUCAUCGAACCAAUGUCCUUUCCCACCAUCACCAUUCCCCUUGGCAUCAACUUCAUCAUCAGAACAAAACAAAACAUUAAGUAACUGCUGCAAAAUGCUUGAAUUUAAAAAAAAAAGCUAAAGCAAACUAACCGCUAAUUUGUCUUAUGAAGCGAUGCAAAAAAAUUAAUUAAUUUAAAUAUUAAAUUGUCAACAACAACAACUACUAAAUAUACAUAUAUACAUUGUACAAGCCCCUAAUAUUAUCAAAAAGGGCAAGCAACCGAACAAACAAAAAACCCAAUUAUGUUGUAAUUAAUUCAAAAUCAGACAACAAAUUCAAUCGAGGAUAACUAAUUUGAAAUGAAUGCGAAACCCUCAAACAACAACAACAAAAAAAUA